AUGGAGAACCCUGUGCCCCAGGUGCCCACCACCGCCAGGCCUGCCCACCUGCUCCUGGCUGCAGCCUGUGCCUCCAUCUCCUGCAGCCACCUUGGGAGGCCCCCUGAACAGGGUGGCCUUCAUCAGUUCUCCUGUCAAGACUCUCCUGAUGAGGUGUGCACAGCAGCGCCCGCUGAAGCCCACCUGCCGGACGGAGCCCACCUGCCCGGCGGGGAGCCCGCGGAAGAUGCUGCUCCCACCAAAUCCCCGUCGGCUUCUCUGGCUCCUCUACCUCUGGCCUCUACCCUGUCAGCAGAACAUCAAGACCAAUCUGACUUGAAGGGAACCCCACUGGGUACCAUUGCAAAGAGCUCACCUCCCAGUAAUGCCAUUGUGGCACUGCCCAGCCGAGCCAUCUCCCGAGUUGGCCACUCAAGCUGUCCCCUUCCAGCCCUGACCUGGUGGCAGGAGGCUGCCAGAGCCUUGUACCUCUCAACCUCAUCACAGCGCAAGUCCCAGCAAGAGCACCUGUCCCACCACCCACCCAAGGCCUCAUUCCGGGGAGACCCCACAGACAGGCAGGUAGAGCCUGGUAGCCUCGCAUUUGUCAACCCUGGAGUCCAGAGGCUGCUGGAGAUUCUGCUCACCAAGAGGGCAGAACUGAUGAUGUGGAAGGAGAAGGAAAAGGAGGGGUCACUUUCAAAACAAAUGGUCCCAGGAUGCCACCUGCGCUCUUUGGGGAGUAUGUGGAAGUCCCUGGGUGCUGAGCAGGACACCCCAACCCCCCAACCCCGCUGGAGCCUGAGGGACAAACAAGAGCAGGUGCCUGGUUCUCAGCAGUCACAUAUCAAGUUCCUGGAGGAGCAUCUCCAGCACAAAUGCAGCCAGCUCUUCUGGGGUCUCCCCUCUCUGCACAGCGAGUCCCUGGUGGCUACUGCCUGGAUGGGGACCUCUGGGGUGUCUUGCCCUACUGCCCAGAACAAAAAUAUCCCUUGCAUCCCAAAUGAAAUUCAACAUCUGGAAUGUUCCUUGUUGCAGAAGCAACAGAAAAGGGAGAAGGCUUUACCCUCUGUGACCAAAAGAUCUCAGGACGUCUUUAGCCAACCCACUCCCAACCUUCCCCAGCAUAGUGGGGUCUCCCAAGGCCCCGGGUCAGUUUCUGGUUUUCAGAGGGACUUUAUCAGCCCUAAUCUCCAGAAGCUACAUCUUCAAAAGGGGCUCGUGGAAGAUGAGCAGCGUGGUGGUCUGCACUUCAAGGUCCAGGUGUCUCUGGAAUUGAAGCAGCCUCAAGGCCAAGUGCCCCAGGUGUGUCAGGUACAAGAUAAGCAGGGGCCCUUGCAUGUCUCUGUGUUUGCAAGUAAAAGCAGCCAGGACCCACAGAAGAUGGAGUCCAGGCACCAGAGAAAGUCCCAAGGGAAGGGCCAGCCAAGCAAAGACGUCAGUAGGCGUCUACGGCAAUGUAGGAGGAAGAGGAGCCCAGAAGGUCUCUCCAGAGACUCAGCUACCUUUGUAGUGAAGGCUCUGGGAAUCAGCUCCAAAAAGAAGUCAGAAAGAGACUUGAAGCCCCCAAAGAGUGACUCAGGAACUUGCUUACCCAGAAGCACAGAUCAGAACCAUUUGGUCGGGAAGUUAGAGCAGAUCGAUCAGGACUUGGACCCUCUGAGAGUCGAUCAACCCUGGCUAGCUGACAACCAUGCUUUUCCCAAGGGCAACACUCACAUGGAAACCAGAAAUCCAGCAACUUCAGAGAGUCGGGAACAUUAUGUGAACACCUCCCGCGAGCUUUCCUUCCUCAGUCCCAGCACUCGACAGAUGCUGGAAGUACAUUUUCUAAAGUUUCAGGUGAGGUGCGAGUGUGGCCUGUCCCUCCCGGCCUUGGAGCCCAUAAAUCUCAAGCUACAUGAGGCUCAAUAUUCGCACCUUCCACAGUCGCCUUUGCCCGGUUCAGCUGCUUGUGUACCCGAGGUCCACUCAGAAGCCAAGUUCACCAAGGCCUUGGGAAAACCUCCUCAGGCCUUUUCAGAAGAGGUGAUAACAAAAGAGUCAGGUCGCCUCCCCACCACCUCUGCGAAUGCAAGUAAAAGCAGCCAGGGGUCCUUUGAGAAAAGCCAGACGUCCAUUGAAGGGACACCGUCUGGUUCUGGCCAUGGGCUCUCAGAGGCCCCUCGGACUAAAGAGGAGAACAGGCCGUCUUCUCAGUCCCUCACACCCAACCUCCGCGGAAAAACCCAGCAGAACGGUACUGUCAUGGCUGUCAAGAAAAAGAGCCCGAAGCCAAAUCCAAGUUCAACAGUAGCCAGGAAGGAGGCAAAGCAGGAGAAAGGGACUCAGACUCCAGAAGAUCCCUGCCAGAGACCAGCGAUACUAGAAAAGAAGGUAUCAUCCCACUCUUCAAGGGCUGAAGAGUCCAGGAAGGCAGUGGAGGCUGAGACGGAUCCUGCUUGGGAAGUCAUUGUGGGACCCAGCGUGCUGGGCUAUAUCCAAACCACUAAUAUGGAUAUGAAGAGAUCAGGGUCUCCAGGACCCACUCAAAGGUCCUCACCCCUUGCAAACUCAGUUGCCCAAGAUCUAAAAGAGCCAUGCCUUACAACAAAGAAGACCAGUAAGUAUGAGCUCCAAGGGAAGGUAGAGUCAGGGAGCCAGCUUCCAGACCACGCCCCUGGCUUGCUUCUUCCAGACUGUUACAGUGACGUAUUCCUGCAAGACUACGCCACCGGCAUGCUCAUCCAAGACGACGUCACCAACGUGCUCCUGCAAGACCCUCACACGGAUGUGCUGCUCGCUGCCGACAUCUUGGCUUCUCACUGGGCACUGUGCGGUUCCCAGGGGAAAAAAACCAGUGGGGACAUGCCAGCUGCCCAGGGGCCAUAUAACCUCAUAUGGAGUAGACAGAGCAGCCAGGGGCAGCAGGCACCCGGGAUAGCCAAAGUUAAGGCCCCCUGGCAGAGCCAAAGAGAAAUGUUGGUCCCCACUGAUCAGAGGGAGGACAAGAGGAGGCCCAAACCAGGACCGCACAAAGAAGGGCUGGCAGAACGGAGGACCUCACAAGCCAGAGGGAUGAGCCACCCCCCUCAUGUGAGGGGUAAAGGAGACACCCUCGGGAGGAAAUACCUCCAACGCCUGCCAGAGGAAGAAAUGGUUUUUGUAGAAUGCAACUGUACAAAAAAGAUGAGGCACUCUCUACAGGACAAAGGAUCAAAAGACCCCCUUCAAAAAGGCCUGCCUGCCUCAGCCAUUGGCCGGAGCCAGGAACCAGUCAAAAGCAGAUCGUGUGUGGACACUGGGCCCGCUGAAGCUCAGGCGAUCAUGACAGCUGUGGGGCAGAUCCUGGUGGAGAAGUUAGCAUGUCACCAAGAACUUCAUGGCCAGGAGUUCAAUUAG